AUGCUCGCCAAGUUGUGGUUUUCCAUGCAGGGAUUGCUGCUGGUGGAAGUUUUCCUUCUCAGUUUGGCCCUCGUCACCGCCAUCAAUGGGACACAGGAUAAGGUCGAGAUUGGGGCGUCGGAAAAGCCCACCCCUCCACCGGUCACGCUGUGGAGAAGACCGCGGAUCGAGUACGAUCGAGAUUUGGUGAUCGAACUCAUCGAGGGCGCUGACUACCCGAUCGAGAAGCACGUGCUCACAACAUCGGAUGGUUACAUUCUGAAGCUGCAUCGUAUCCCAGAUCCGGUGCAGUUCCGCAGCACCGAACAAGCAGCCGAUCCUGACGAAGAGCAACUGUUGCGGUUCGGUCCCAAAAAGACAUUCCGCGGCACGGUGCUGCUAGUGCCGGGAUUGUUCUCGACAGCGGCCGACUUUGUCGUCACGGGGCCAGAAAACGGACUAGCUUUCGUGCUAGCGGACGCCGGGUAUGACGUGUGGUUAGCGAACGUACGUGGGUCACGCUUUUCCCGGAAAAACAUUCGCCUGAACGUGGCGCAGAGCGAGUUUUGGGAUUUCAGCUUUCAUGAAAUCGGAACAAUCGACCUCGCGGCCACCAUCGACUACAUCAUGCGAGAAACGAACGCCCCUAAGAUCUUCUUCGUCGGCCACAACCAGGGCAUGACGGACCUGUUCGUGUUGCUGUCCAGCAAACCACGCUACAAUCGCAAAAUCCACCAUGCGGUUGGGCUUGCCUCGAUAGCCUACCUUGGCACCACGGAAAACCGAGCCGUCCAACGGGCCGCAGAGCUGACGGACAACAUCUACGCCACCUUGACCGCGCUCAACAUCCACGAGGUCAAACCGUCACCGGACAUUGUGCGUCUGCUGAGCAGCACCGUGUGCUCGGGCGAAACCAACGAGCUGUGUGCGGAAAUGUUACGUGGUCUUUUCGGUUCUACUGUUGACCGAUCGCGCAAUCUGCUACCCAACAUUGUGGACGAUCUGUUGACCAGCAUUUCAACUCGCCAGCUCAUCCACAUUGGACAGCUCAUGCAAACGAAAAAAUUCCAACAAUUCGACUAUCGCAACUACUUCACCAAUAUGCAGAAGUACAACCAGGGCAAACCACCCGAGUACAACCUGUCGCGUGUGUUGCUCCCUGUCUCGUUGUUUCACGGUACGAAGGAUUUCAUCACAUCCACUAAGGACGCGCUCAGGCUAAAGGAGGAGCUAAGAAAUGUGAAAAACUACAUCGAAAUCCCGGACAUGAACCACAUUGACUUCGUCUACUCAGACAAACUGUACGGGCAGGUGAACAGCAAAAUCGUCGAAAUAUUCAACAGGCAUUAG